CCCGGCCCUGGGAGAAGGGGGCGCCUCUGAGGGCUGCGGCCACCCCGCCGGCCUCGUGUCUUUCCCUGGCGGCCGGCGGCUUCUUCCGUGGGACAAUAUGUUCAAGAGAAUGGCCGAAUUUGGGCCUGACUCCGGCGGGAGAGUGAAGGGGGUUACUAUCGUUAAACCAAUAGUUUAUGGCAAUGUUGCUCGAUAUUUUGGAAAGAAAAGAGAAGAGGAUGGGCAUACCCAUCAAUGGACAGUAUAUGUAAAACCAUAUAGAAAUGAGGAUAUGUCAGCAUAUGUGAAGAAAAUUCAAUUUAAGUUACAUGAAAGCUAUGGCAAUCCUUUAAGAGUUGUUACUAAGCCUCCAUAUGAAAUUACUGAAACAGGAUGGGGUGAAUUCGAAAUAAUCAUCAAAAUAUUUUUUAUUGAUCCUAAUGAGAGACCUGUAACCCUGUAUCAUUUAUUAAAGCUGUUCCAAUCAGAUACCAAUGCAAUGCUGGGGAAAAAGACAGUGGUUUCAGAGUUCUAUGAUGAAAUGAUAUUUCAAGACCCAACAGCAAUGAUGCAACAAUUAUUAACAACAUCUCGUCAGCUAACAUUAGGAGCCUACAAGCAUGAAACAGAAUUUGCAGAACUUGAAGUGAAAACCAGAGAAAAAUUAGAAGCUGCGAAGAAAAAAACAAGUUUUGAAAUUGCAGAGCUUAAGGAGAGAUUAAAAGCAAGUCGUGAAACUAUAAAUUGUUUAAAAAAUGAAAUCAGGAAACUCGAAGAAGAUGAUCAAACAAAAGAGAUGUAAACAGUUCUGAAGAGAACUUGGUAGGAAACUAAACUGAAAAUAAGGUGGACUUUGAAGGGGAAAUGGAUUGCAAAUGCUUCUUAGAGAGCUGCAUAUAUAGUUGUUGACCAUCGGUUCCUCAGCAAUGGGGUCAAAGUGUUUGUACUUUUCAAGCAAUAUUUAAUGUGAAACAUAUGUAUAUAAUAGAUAUGAAUUCUGUAUAGGCAUUUUAACCCAUUUUAGGGUAAAUUCUAUGCUGUUAAGCACAAUUAAAAACUUUUUUUAUUACA